AUGACUUCAGUGCGCACAUGCCAGGAUCGACUCUCACAGCCACCUGUCGAGCUCCUGGUUAUCAUUUUCCAGCAAUGUACGGACUUCAAUGAGCGAGCUUGUGAUAUCGUCAGUACUAUUCUGACGACUCGAUAUUAA